CCUCACCUGGAAAGACACCUGCCGUCGUCCGGGCGAGUCCGUCGGGACUGUGCGCGGCUGUGCGGGGUUGUGCGGGGCUGUGCGGGGACAUGAGAUGAGGCUGCACCCCGUCCGGUGCGGAGUGCUGCUGCUGGCUCUCGGCUGCUUCCUGUCGCUCACCUGGAUCUCCUCUCUGCCCGCCAAUGGAGGUCCUCCGGGGGUCUCAGACCUGCAGAUCCUGCAUCAGCGCCUGCUGGUGGCCGAGGAGCUGGGGGUCCGGGUCAGCCGGGACCUCAGCAUCAUCCAGGAGCAGAUGAGGAACUCCUCGUCCAACGGCUCGCACGUCGAGCCGGACUCAGAAAAGCAGCAGACGUUCCUCCAGUCCAACAUUUACCUCUACAUGCCUCACCUCCGGGAGCACCCGGGCAGCCUGGUACCGAACGUGGUGCUGGGACAGGGACGGCGAGGAGUGUCCAUAGUGCUGGGAAUCCCCACGGUGAAGCGGGAGAAGCAGAGCUACCUGUUGAACACCGUCAGCUCUCUGCUCUACAGCCUGACGGACCCUCAACGCAGCGAUCUGCUCAUCAUCGUGUUCGUGGCCGAGACCGACUCGGACUACGUGGCCGGCGUCGCCGACUCCAUCAGCAGGAGUUUUCCCCGGGAGGUGCAGUCUGGACUGCUGGAGGUCGUCUCCCCCUCAGCGCAUUACUACCCCGACUUCUCCACGCUCAGGGAAACCUUCGGCGACUCCAAGGACAGAGUCAAGUGGCGCACAAAACAGAACCUGGACUUCAGCUUCCUCAUGCUGUACGCUCAGGACAAAGGGACCUAUUAUGUUCAGCUGGAGGACGACGUGGUGGCGAAGGCCGACUACUACAGCAGCAUGAAGACGUACGCGAGCCAGGAGGAGUCCAAGCAGUGGCUCUUCCUGGAGUUCUCCCUGCUGGGGUUUAUAGGGAAGAUGUUCCGCACGCGUGACCUUCCCAUGAUCGCGGAGUUCUUCCUCAUGUUCCACAGGGACAAGCCCAUCGACUGGCUGCUGGAUCACAUCCUGUGGGUCAAAGUGUGCAACCCGGAGAGAGAUGUGAAAGACUGUGCCCGGCAGAAGGCGUCCAUGAAGCGGACGUACAAACCUUCCCUCUUCCAGCAUGUGGGCCUUCACUCCUCCCUGCCCGGGAAGGUGCAGCAACUCAAGGAUAAAGACUUUGGGAAGCAGACCCUGCACGUGCCUCACUCCAACCCUCCGGCCGCCGUCAGCAGCAGUCUGAAGCACUACCAGCAGCACAGCCUGCAGAGGCUCUACGCCGGGGACGACUUCUUCUGGGCGCUGACGCCCAUUCAGGGAGACCACGUGCUCAUCAGCUUCAGCCAGGACACACACGUCACCGGGUUUCUGUUCCGCAGUGGAAACAUCGAGACCAGCGGAGAUAAAUUCUACAACACGACUGUGGAAGUCCUGCCGAGCAACGCGGUGGCAAAAGAACAGAUCCCUUCGCGGUACAAACAGUCAGACGACGGCUUCAUCGUUAUCGGGGCGUUUGAGAACGGCGUGGCUGAAGGCCCGGUGGACGAGGCCCUGCUCCCCCUCUCCGCCCUGCGCCUGGUGGUUCACUCCGACUCCGACGUCUGGGCGCUGCUGAGCGAGGUGCACAUCAAGCUGUGAGGACUGGUGCCAGACAUCAGAGCCCCCCCUGCUGCACACAGGCUGCCACUGCAAUCACCUCCUCCUCCACACUGAGGCGCUAGACACUUUUUGUUUUUCUGUUUUGUUGUUUUUGAUAAAGUAAAAUUGUGUUCGGUAAAACCACUGUUUCCUU